CACUUCUCGCAUCUGUAUGUAUAUAAUACCUCCCCGUUUCUACUGGCAAAGGCCACACAACAAAGAAAGAGCAAUGGAGUCUGCUAAACCAAACACCUAUAGCCACCAAAAUGUCAUCGUGAUGCGUCAUGGUGAUCGGCUCGACGAAGCCCAUUCCGAGUCCGAGCCACUAUGGACUUCAACAGCUGCCAGACCGUGGGAUCCACCGCUUGCUCCGGUCGGUAUGGAUCGUGCCUUUAGAACCGGUCAGAGAAUCCGGUCUGAGAUUGGGUUUCCGAUUCACCGUGUCUUCGUCUCCCCUUUCCUCCGCUGCAUCCAGACCGCUUCCCAAGUCGUUGCCGCUCUCUCCGCCGUCGAGCCUGAACACAAAGCCAUGUCUUCUAAAGACGUCCUUGGCAUGGACAACACUAAGCUCAAGGUAUCUAUGGAAUUUGGAUUGUGCGAGGUACUCAGCACAACUUGCAUGAAUAGUGAAGUUGUUCCCAAAGAUGGGAAUUUUGAUUUCAAGAUUUCAGAUCUUGAAGCUAUGUUUCCUGAGGGAACAGUGGAUUCUAAUGUGGACAUGGUUUACAAAGAGUUGCCACAAUGGGGAGAAUCUUCACAAGGCUUCAAGGAUCGAUAUUACAAUACAGUGAAGGCUCUGGCCGAGAAGUAUCCUUCUGAGAACUUGCUCUUAGUCACUCAUUGGGGAGGAGUAAGUGUUGCUCUUUACAACUACUUCAAAGAUGCAACCAAGUACAUGGUAGAUUACUGUGGUUAUGUUGAAAUGACAAGGCAGGUUUUGGAUGGUAAACCUGAGGAAUUCGAGGUGGUUACUAGUCAUAGAGUGUCUUUCAAGGAGAACAACCUCCCAAUCCAUGAUCUUCAUGUUAUAAGCCAAUCUCCCGUUAAGCCGGUUUGUAUGUGAUUAUUUUGGUUUCAGUUUUUUUAUUCAAUAAACAAUAUAAGAUCAGCUAUUUUCCUUUUCUUAUUACACAAAGUAAGUUACAUAACCCAAAAGUGUUUGUAAUUUAAUUUGUAUUGUAUGAUAAGAAAUUUUCAU